AUGAACAGCGCGGAACUGCGAUCGCGAGACGUCGUGAGAGUGCUCACGAAUGAGCACAUCAAGAGGCAAGGUGACAAGACGACAUCGGUGAAGACUGAAGAUACGGCGAAGGCGUUCAGUACCGAGCGUGAACCUCGCCAAUGUACAUACUGCGGAAAAUUGGGGCACACGGCGGAGCGGUGCUGGACCAAGCAGAAGGACGAAAAUCAAGGUGGAGCUCGACGCGGCGGCAACAAUGCUCGUGGACGCGGAGCCAACAACGUUCAGUGGCGAACCAACAACAACAACAACGACGACAACUACGAUCGAGUUGCGUUCGCGGUUUCGCUGGAGGCUGGACUUUCGACGGGCAAGAAUAUGCCAGGGAUGUGGGCAGUCGACAGCGGUGCGACGCAUCACAUCUGCAACGACAAGGCCAAGUUUGCAAGCCUGAAUGAGCGAGAGGAAGGCGAACUAUCAGUGGAUGAUAGAAGGCUGCGAUCAAGGGACGCACUGUUCGUACCAAGUAUGAGCAAGAAUCUGCUUUCGGUGCCACAGAUCAACAAGGGUGGCAGGUUCCAAGUCGUGUUCGAUGGAUCCAAGAUGCAAGUGAAGCGCAAGAAUUCCACACAAGUCGUGGCAACAGCGGAUCUCGUCGAUGGACUUUACUGGAUGCGGACUCCUCAACGAUCGGCAAAUGCAGCAGCACGCAAUGGGACCAUCGACUUGCAUGCGCGCAUGGGUCAUGCACCCCUCGAAGUUCUGCGCAAGAUGGUGGCCACCGGCAUGAUCAAGGACGCAAAGGCACCUCUCAACUCGACUGGUCCAAGUGUGUGUCGCGGUUGCCAGCAAGGAAAGAUGGUCCAAAAACCAUUCCCAAACCAACCGUGA